CGCGAGCGAAGCUAGCCACGCCCCUCUUAAAGCAGCCCAACAUUCUUGUCGCGAGCUCGGACCGAGCGCUAAAUCAUUCGUCGAUGGUUGAUAGGUUGUUGAUGGUUGUUGAUUGUUGAUGGUUGAUGGUUGUCACUCUUCAUUGAAUUUAGGGAGAUGCGUAUGUGCAUCUGGAUACUACCGCGAACAAACGAACGGGACCGGCAUAUUGCCGGAUCAGACAUGUGUUGCGUGUCCUGCAGGGCAGUACGCAUCAGCAGACGAGACCUUCUGCCGCACCUGCAUCCAACCCUCCGACCCAUCCCUAUCCGGCACCCAAUGCACAUGCGGCGUCGGAGAGUAUCUAGUGGACAGAGACGCCGCCACUGCUCUCCCACUUGCAUCUGCAACAUGCACUCCCUGCCCCAUCUACGCCUACCCAACGCGUAACCUCACGACCUGCAUCGAAUGUCCGCAGCACGUCAUGCAGGCCGUCUAUGCGGCCGACUCGGGAACGUAUGAGUGUGUGUGCCGCGGGGAUUUGGGGUUUAGUGAGACUCCGGUGGGUUAUUUGAGUUCGGUUCCGUCUGUUGGGAGCGGGAUCCCAUCUCGAAGCGUCAAGUGCCCGUCAUUCCCUAACCCCUCCCACGCCUCAUCAUCCAGCAAGACGGCACAUGCAUCGCCUUAGCCAGUACAUCCGCCAUCCAAUCCAGAGUGCCCGCCUCAAGCAUCUACACCGUCACUUACAGGGUAUGAUAUCUCUCCCAUUCCCUACAUAUGUAGCACUGUUCAUCGAUAUCUACUUGACGGC